UACCCAAGCGGCUACCCAAGCGGAGGCGGCGGUCGUCCCGGCUUCCAAGGCCAGUACAUGCCACAGCAGACGACGGGCUACGUGCCUGGGGGUGGCGUAGUUCCCGGGGGCGGUCGCAGCGGGGCUGGCGGAGGUGGCAUAGUGCGCCAAUCGACACCGCCCUACACCACCUCAGCCGCCUCCAACCAGUCAGCCACCUACUUCGGCCAGUUCCAGGCCGGCGGCGGCAGUCCAGCCCAGUAUGGAGGCGGCGGAGGUGGUUUUGGAGGGGAUAGGGGGGCUGGUGGAGGUGGUAGUUAUCAGCAUUCUCCAGUACCUGGGAACCCUACACCGCCCCUAACUCCGGCCAGUAGUAUGCCGCCGUAUAUCUCACCCAACGCGGAUAUCAAGCCGACGUUCAACGACUUGAAACCUCCCUUACCAAUCCAAAAUGACGACGAGCUAAGACUUACGUUCCCUGUACGAGACGGGAUCAUACUACCACCGUUUAGAUUGGAGCACAACCUGGCUGUUAGUAACCACGUGUUCCAGUUGAAACCCACCGUGCACCAGACGCUGAUGUGGAGGAGUGACCUUGAGCUGCAGCUGAAGUGCUUCCACCACGAGGACAGGCAGAUGAACACCAAUUGGCCGGCCAGUGUCCAGGUGUCCGUCAACGCCACCCCUCUGACCAUCGACCGCGGCGAGAACAAGACCUCGCACAAGCCGCUCUACCUGAAGGAGGUCUGUCAGCCCGGACGCAACACCAUUCAGAUCACUGUGUCUGCCUGUUGCUGUUCGCACCUGUUCGUGCUGCAACUAGUUCACCGACCGAGCGUGCGCAGUGUGCUCCAGGGUCUACUGCGCAAGCGCCUGUUGACGGCUGAUCACUGCAUCGCCAAGAUAAAGCGCAACUUCAGCAAUACUUCAGGGGGCGCCGGAGGGGGUCCGCCUGGGGCGCCGCCCUGUCCUAACGACCGUGACGUCAUCGAGCAGACUGCGCUCAAGGUGUCGCUGAAAUGCCCGAUCACAUUCAAGAAGAUCACGCUACCGGCGCGGGGCCACGACUGCAAGCACAUCCAGUGCUUCGACCUGGAAUCGUACCUGCAGCUGAACUGCGAGCGGGGCUCAUGGCGGUGUCCCGUCUGCAACAAGCCGGCGCAGUUGGAGGGCCUCGAGGUCGACCAGUACAUGUGGGGCAUCCUCAACACGCUCAACUCGUCCGACGUCGAUGAAGUGACCAUCGAUGCUGCCGCCAACUGGAAGCCGGCUAGGAGUAUGCAAGGCAUCAAG